AUGAUAAUACCCGGUGGAUUCUCAAGUUUUGUGAACUCAACAUCGGAAAAACAGAUUGAUUUAAAGAUAUCAAGUAUGACCCCAGGUUCUCGGGAUGAUUGUCAGAAGAUACUUCUUGGACAAGGGGGUCAACAACCUUCACAGACUGUACCACAAACCGGGAAAUCCACCAAGGAAGUCGGACAAGAUUUAUCGGGCAUCUCCAGAUUUGGUUACGCUUGGCCUUUCUAUGGAUCACAGCCAGUUGUCCCUAUGUAUCAUCAUGAGCCUGAGGUGUCUCCGGCACCAUCCCCAUCUAUGAACAUUUCACGUGCCAGUCGAAGAGUUGGUUACGAUCUUCAGGAAUUAAACGAUGAUCAGCUUGCACGAUUAGAAACUCAUGAUGAGAAAUUCAAGAAGUUGAAGAAAGACAGGAUGUUAUAUUUAUUCUGGGUUCCCACAUUUUGGGUGAUGAUUGCAUUGGCCAUUGUUCAAUACAAUCCCUUCAGCAUUG